UGGAUACAUCGGGUUGGAAUAUGCUUAGGAUGUUGAUCAGAGUGUUGACAGAAAGAAUGUUCAAACAUCUUCGGAAAUGGUUUGUUGCUCACUUUUUGGGGCAUUCUCGGCAAAGAGCAAGACUGGUCUCCAAAGAUGGAAGGUGCAACAUAGAGUUUGGCAACGUGGAGGCCCAGUCAAGGUUUAUAUUCUUUGUGGACAUCUGGACAACUGUGCUUGACCUCAAAUGGAGAUACAAAAUGACCAUCUUCAUUUCAACCUUCUUGGGGAGUUGGUUCUUCUUUGGUCUUCUGUGGUAUGCGGUAGCCUACAUUCACAAAGAUCUCCCUGAGUUCCAUCCUUCUGUCAACCACACCCCUUGUGUGGAGAACAUUAAUGGCUUGACCUCAGCUUUUCUGUUUUCUCUGGAAACACAAGUGACUAUUGGAUAUGGAUUCAGGUGUGUGACAGAACAAUGUGGCACUGCCAUUUUCCUUCUUAUCUUCCAGUCUAUACUUGGAGUCAUCAUCAAUUCUUUCAUGUGUGGUGCCAUUUUAGCCAAGAUCUCCAGACCCAAAAAACGUGCCAAGACCAUUACAUUCAGCAAGAACGCAGUGAUCAGUAAGCGGGGCGGGAAGCUUUGUCUCCUAAUCCGAGUGGUUAAUCUUAGGAAGAGCCUCCUUAUUGGGAGUCACAUAUAUGGAAAGCUCCUGAGGACCACAGUCACUCCUGAAGGAGAGACUAUUAUUUUGGACCAGAUCAAUAUCAACUUUGUAGUUGAUGCAGGGAAUGAAAAUUUAUUCUUCAUCUCCCCAUUGACAAUUUACCAUGUCAUUGAUCAAAACAGCCCCUUCUUCCACAUGGCAGCAGAAACUCUUCCCCAGCAAGACUUUGAGUUAGUAGUGUUUUUAGAUGGCACAGUGGAAUCAACCAGUGCUACCUGCCAAGUCCGAACAUCCUAUGUCCCAGAAGAGGUGCUCUGGGGCUACCGUUUUGCUCCCAUGGUAUCCAAGACUAAGGAAGGGAAAUACCGAGUGGAUUUCCAUAACUUUAGUAAGACUGUGGAAGUGGAGACUCCUCAUUGUGCCUUGUGCCUUUAUAACGAGAAAGAUGCUAGAGCCAGGAUGAAGAGAGGCUAUGACAAUCCCAACUUCAGCUUGUCAGAAGUCAAUGAAACAGAUGACACCAAAAUGUGACAGUGGUUUUUCAACAGGAGUAAAGCAAAGUCUUGAAGAUACCUAGUGACUAGAAGUAUUAGGAAGCAAUCAACAAUUUGAGGAUAUGAAAUUAGGACAAGAGCCUUCAACGUCUAUCAGCACCAUGCCCCUGAAUCCCACAGCCAUGAUUUUACAAGACAGGUAGCUCUACAAGGCAACUGCAUUAGAACAUGCAAUAUUCUUACAGGAAAUAGCAGUAUGGAAGCCAUAGGAGUUCACUUGGUAUCUUGAAUAUGAUUAUUUGAAGUCAUGCAGUGUUGAUAGAAACAAAAUCAUCAAAAGUUUAAUGGACAGGCCAAAUGAGAUCUUAAAAUUCUCCUUGAAGAAGUUAUGAGCUUUAGAUAGGAUCAGGGAAAAACCAUAUUCUCGUUUUUAUUCUACUGAUAAGAAAUAAGUCACUUUUAAUAUUGGCUUUUAUCAAGGGAAAAAUGGUCUCCCUCAGAGAGCCAUUUUUGGUUGGUUGGAGGAGAUGAACUAAUCAGAGACAGUAAGAAAAGACUGGUAGGUACCCCAAGAAAAUCUGUGAGGCUCUGAGCUUCUCCAACCCUGGUUGUUGGAGCUUUCAUCUUAGUCUGGGUCAUGCUGUGUUUCCUGAAGAGCAAGGGAAGGCUCAAGCCAUGGACCUUGCAUCUCUAUGUAUCCAACGUGGAGAGGAACACUGAACUCAACCUGCUUUAUGGUGCAUCCAGACACUGUAGCCCAAGUUGGGUUUUGGCCCAAAUGAUCUCACAUGGUACAUUUAGAGGCUAAAUCAUCACUCUAGAAAUCUCAGUGAAUACUUUCCUGAAGAAAGAAUGCUUGAUCUGAACAUGGUGGUGAUAUUUCUUCCAAUUUGUGUUAGGUGGGAUAAAGGGCUACAAAUCUGUUAAAAGAAUAUUUCCUGAUCUUCCAAGAAGGCAGUGAAGAGUUUAAAGGCACAAUGCCAGUUUAGAAGGGACAAUACUGCUAGUGCUUCUGAGAAAAAGGGAUCUUGUGUUUUUCUGCCUUGAGUUUGUACUGAAAUGCUGUUUCUAAAGAAGACUCGUGGAAAGGAAAGGGAUGGUCUGUGACCCCUCAGGGAGGUAAACACGAGGUGUGUUUUUCUCUGAGGGCCAACACUGCAUCUUUCUCAAAGGGACCAGCUUAAUAUAAGGAUUGAUCUCUAGGGAAGGGUUUUACUGUGAAUGUCUCAUUCGGUCCUCCACCUCCAUUAUUUUGAAUCUAUCCUGGGAAG